GUUAAGAUCCCGUGAUUUCUGCAGCUCAAGUGAAGAGCGAACGCGCAUGAGUCCACCUUCCAAUCAUACCAAAUUCCAAGAACUUCUGCCCCGAACGACACACCACCCUCCUUGUUCUAGGACGUAUGGAGAAAUCAACAUACCAGAACCCAACUCUCACGUGGGAGAGGGACAUACGCGGCGGGAAGGCCGGUCGGCGGAUAGCACCGAUCGGCACGCGCAGAGCCUGAGCGGACUUUCGCCGCGGGUGGGAUUACCGGACCACGAACUUUCUCACGGACUAACACUUAGCGUUGGUGCGUGCAAAGCAUCUCAAUUCCAGCAUUGCUCCGGGGGGUCUGGACCACAGCACGGCCGGUGACGCUCGACACGUCGCAUCGGAAGACAUCCAGGGAACAUCUGUCUGUCCGUCUGCGCCAGGCCAUGGUAGAAGCAGUCUAGAGAGAUUAAGAUGCCGGGAGCACACUGCAGCCGUAUACAAUCGACAACCCCAUAGCGCCAACUUGAUGCUGAUUCAGAAUCAAUCUUCUGAACCAAGCACCGUUCCCUCGCAGCGCAGAUUCACACAGAACCAAUUUCCUGAAUGCGAUGACCGACAAAGGGAGCUGUGCACACCGGCUUUGUCCUGACGCACGCAUCACAGGCUCUGUCCCUCCCUCUCUCUGGCUUCCUUUUCCGUUCCCCCAGUCUGGGCGUGACACGCGGAAUCAGUGCACUGGCAGUUGUCCUCCUCUUCUCCGCCUGCGAGCAUUGCACUGUGUGACCGACCGCACUUCUCCCGUCCCUGUUCUCCCAUCUGUCUUCUCCUGGACCUGACCUGUCGCAUGCAAAGCCCAGAGCACCUGUAGCCGAUGCGCUGCAGGCUGUAAGUACGUCACAGAACAAAGCAGCAUCAAAAACGGACAUGACUCCCUCCGUUCCCCGAAUCGUUCUGGGGGGAGAGCCACCAUGUCGGAGAAUUCACACCGCAUGCGCUCUUCCAUGAGCGUGAACAGCAUGCUCGUUCGUGAUGGGAGUGAAGGAACGAACUUUGACUAGUACAUGCUGUAGUGCUGAGUCUCAACUUUCGUCCUUUUAGAUCAUGAUUUCGACCGAAACUCAAUGCUCUCACGGACUAAUAUGGGUAUUCGACAAGGCAUGUGGCAUCGGCCAACUAAGUAGUUUCUGACCGCUAUAACUGCAUGUUUGCACGAAGACAUCUCAGUGAGCCGUAGUAGCGCCCAUCUAGCAACAACUCUUCUAAACCACGCAAGGCAUAGACAAGGAUCGACGCGCAAGGCAUCAGGCAGAGGGUGUAUCACCGCUCCUAGCUGCCCGCAAUCACACUGAACUCACAUUAUCACAGUCAAGUCACUCCAAUGUGGCGAUGGACAAUCACUGUGAUCAGCGCGGGAGGUCGAAAAUUUCCGAUUGGCACGCGCCGUCGGACGCUCAAAUUGUGUGCGAGUAACCGCGGGUGGCCGACUGAGCGAUUGAAGCAGUCCUGGACCCACGCAACGCUCCACCAACAGGAAGUGCCGAUGGAUCAUCAAGAUGGGUCUGGGCCAGUGAGCUUCAUUCCACAUGCCCGGGUC